GGCGGUUCGUGUUAUUGUUGAUUUCAUUUACUUUUUUCAAAAAUUCGAAACUAGUUCCAAAAAAAAAAAAAAACAGUGGAUCAUGAGCUGCCGGAUACUACUCUUUUCAACGAAUUGUCAUCAAGACUGAGGAGAGAAAGGAGGAAAUUCGGAAAAAAAAGGGACUUGAAUCAGCACGGUGAUUCCGUGAGCACGUGGAGACGGCAGGUCCGAGUAAAAGAAAAGCCGGUCCUCCAAGGUUGAGGCCGGCGUUGGCAUCAACAGCUAGACUAUGAUAGAUCCAAGCUCCUCGGAAGAGGAGAGUGAGGAGGACCAAAGCCUUCACCACGGGGGUGGCGGCGGGGGCCGUGGCGGAAGUGGUAGCUCACACGGUUCCCGCCACCAUACUGGUAGUAGAGGCAUGGGCCCAAGUUCCGGGCUAGCCGGAAGUGUUGGUUCGGCUAGCUCGGGACUCACAGCAUCACCUGGUGGCUCAAGUCUUGGUGGUGGUGGUGGUGGCGGCGGCGGUGGUAGUGGUGGUGGUGGUGGUAGCCAUGGAGGAUCAUCUGCUUCUCAUGGAAGAUCCACUGGUCAAACAUCAUCACAAAUUCAACAAGAAGCCGUUGCCGCUGGAUUGGAUGUACCAAAUUUAUCCAGCGCUCGAAGUUCCCUCUCACCUUCCAUGAGUGCUGCUCAGGAUGCUGCUAAUUAUGUGAAAUCCGCCCAAAGACCCACCAGCCCAUCGCCGUCGGUCGCUAGUGAAAAGACUGAGGCCGAAUUACUGGACAAGCAGGAGAGAGAGGAAGAGGAGAGAAAAACACGAAUACAACUUUACGUGUUCAUUUCGAGAUGUGUUGCUUAUCCAUUCAAUGCCAAACAACCCACAGACAUGACACGAAGACAAAUGAAGAUAACGAAACAGCAAUUGGAGACUCUGUGUUCCCGCUUCCAGGCUUUUUUGAAAGGCGAAACACAAAUAAUUGCAGACGAAGCCUUCCACAAUGCCAUUCAAAAUUAUUACGAUGUAUUCUUAAAAUCAGAGAGGGUGGUCAGAAUGGUACAAAGCGGUGCAUGCUCACAACACGACUUCCGCGAGGUAUUCAAGAACAAUAUCGAGAAACGUGUUCGCAGCCUCCCGGAAAUCGACGGUUUGAGCAAAGAGACUGUUCUUACGUCCUGGUUGGCCAAAUUUGAUUGUAUAUUUAAAGGCACCGGUGACGAGGACACCAAGAGGCCUUCCAGGAUGCAACAGCAGUCCUUAAAUUCAGAACUGAUAUUGUCGAAGGAACAGCUGUACGACAUGUUUCAGCAAAUCCUUGGCGUUAAAAAGUUCGAGCAUCAGCUUCUGUUCAACGCCCUCUUGUUGGACUCAGCCGACGAACAGGCUGCUGCCAUCCGGAGGGAGCUGGACGGUCGCAUUCAACGAGUCAACGAAAUGGAGAAGAACCGAAAGCUCAUGCCAAGGUUUCUCCUGAAAGAAAUGGAGUCGCUCUACAUUGAGGAACUAAAGUCGUCUAUCAACCUGCUAAUGGCCAAUUUGGAGUCAUUGCCAGUCUCCAAGGGUUCGAUAGACAGCAAAUACGGGCUGCAGAAGCUGAAGCGCUACAACCAUCGGCGUGAGCGCUCCCGCCCCCGCAGUCAGAGUUCACUCGUUAAAUUGGAGGGCGACUCCGCUGAUUCCGACCCCCAACUCACAAAAAUGGAUGUGGGCUUGACUUUUCAAUUGGAAGUUAUUGUUAUGGAAGUCAAGGGCCUUAAAAGUCUCGCGCAAAAUCGAAUUGUUUAUUGUACAAUGGAAGUGGAAGGCGGCGAAAAACUGCAGACUGAUCAAGCCGAAGCCUCAAAGCCUAUGUGGGACACUCAGGGAGAUUUUUCCACAACUCAUCCAUUGCCAAUAGUGAAGGUUCGACUUUAUACGGAAAAUCCAGGAAUGUUGGCACUUGAAGAUAAAGAAUUGGGAAAAGUAAUUUUAAAACCAACGCCAAUGUCAAGUAAAAAUCCAGAAUGGCAUCGUAUGACCGUCCCAAGAAAUUGUCCGGAUCAGGAUUUAAGGAUAAAGAUUGCCUGUCGCAUGGACAAGCCGUUGAACAUGAAGCAUUGUGGACACCUUUACGCCCUGGGCAAAUCCGUGUGGAAAAAGUGGAAGAAUCGGUACUAUGUACUGGUCCAAGUCUCGCAGUACACGUUUGCGAUGUGCUCGUAUAAAGAGAAAAAAAGCGAGCCGUCGGAAAUGAUGCAGCUGGAUGGCUACACAGUGGACUAUAUCGAAGCCGUUUCUGCUAAUCUUAUGGCUGGCAUGGAUUUACAGGGUGGAAGGUACUUCUUCAACGCUGUACGUGAAGGUGACAAUAUUGUUUUUGCAUCGGAGGAUGAGAGCGAGUGUCAUUUGUGGGUGAUGGCAAUGUACAGGGCAACUGGCCAGUCUCAUAAACCAACACCGCCGGUAACAAUAGCUGAUAAAAAUUCGACAAUCAGCAAAAUUCAAGGUGACGCUGAUAGGGCGAGAAAACAUGGAAUGGAAGAUUUUAUCAGUGCUGAUCCAUGCAAAUUUGAUCACGCGAAUCUUUUCAAUUUUCUUCAAAGUUUAACAUUGGAUUAUCGACUGAAUGAUCCUUAUUGUUGUUUGGGUUGGUUCUCACCUGGACAAGUUUUUGUGCUUGAUGAAUAUUGUGCAAGAUACGGUGUUCGUGGAUGUUUUCGACAUUUGUGUUAUCUCAGUGAUCUUUUGGAUAGAGCGGAACGUGGAAUUAUGAUUGAUCCAACUUUGAUUCAUUAUAGUUUUGCAUUUUGUGCGAGUCAUGUUGUUGGUAAUAGACCCGAUGGUGCUGGAUCUGUGACACAUGAAGAGAAGGAUAAAUUUCAGGAAAUUAAGGAACGACUUCGACAACUUUUAGAAAAACAAAUAACAAACUUUAGGUAUAGUUUUCCAUUUGGAAGACCUGAGGGAGCAUUGAAAGCUUCAUUGUCUUUACUUGAACGAGUUUUGAUGAAAGAUAUUGUGACACCAGUACCACAGGAAGAGGUCAGAGGAAUGAUAAAAUCAUGUUUAGAGACUGCAGCUCAUGUGAAUUAUGAGCGAUUAUCAUCGGAGGCAAAAAUUGAGGAGGACUUUAAUGGUGAAGUACAGCCUAGUAAAAAACUUGAGGAUCUAAUUCGUCUAGCUGAGAUUUGUGUCGACUUGUUGCAGCAAAACGAAGAACAUUAUUCGGAGGCGUUCGCCUGGUUUAGCGACCUCCUGGUGGAACACGCCGAGAUCUUCUGGUCCCUCUUCGCCAAGGACAUGAACAAGGUACUCAGCGAGCAACCACCCGACACGUGGGAUAGUUUCCCUCUCUUUCAAAUUUUAAACGACUAUUUAAGAACCGAUGAUAAUUUGAAGAAUGGGAAAUUUCAUCAACAUCUUCGAGAUACUUUCGCGCCAUUGGUGGUACGUUAUGUGGAUCUUAUGGAAACAUCAAUUGCCCAAUCAAUUCAUAAGGGUUUCGAGAAGGAAAGAUGGGAAAUUAAGGGUAAUGGUUGUGCAACAUCAGAGGAUCUUUUUUGGAAAUUAGAUGCAUUACAAUCGUUUAUCGGUGGUUUACAUUGGCCUGAUCAAGAAUUUCGUAGUCAUUUGGAACAAAGAUUAAAAUUAAUGGCCAGUGAUAUGAUUGAAUCAUGUAUACAGAGGACAGAUACUGCAUUUAUGCAAUGGCUCAAAAAAGGAGUAACAUUUAUAUCAACCGAUUAUAUAAUUCCGUCUGAGAUGUGUGCCAUGGUGAACGUCAUUCUUGAUGCGAAGAAUCAAAGUUUUAAAUUGUGCGCUGUCGAUGGUGUUGAUGUUCAUCAGUGUCAUGGUAAAAUCGAUGACCUCAUUGAAAGAACAUCGGCUGCAAUGUCCCAAGGAAUUAUUAAUAAAUUGGUUACCGUCCUGGAAACCACGUUAUCCAAAUUGUCACGAUAUGAUGAGGGAUCCUUUAUUGGAUCUAUUCUUAGUUUUACGAAAGUGUCAGGAAGCGGAAAGGAAAUGGGCCAAGCUUAUGUAAAUUUCGCGAGAAACUGCGUGGACCAAAUUCGUGGUAAGGUUAUCGACGAGUUGUGGAUUAUGACCUUUUUUGAGCAAUGGUAUACUGCCCAAAUAGAGAUGCUUUGUACCUGGCUUUCCGAGAGAUUGGAUCACAGUUUACAUUUGUACCAAUGCACUUGUCUCGCUCAUAUCGUGAAAAAGAUUUAUUCGGACUUUGAACUACAGGCGAUUGCAGAGAACAAACUUAACUCGAAGACAUAUCAAACGAUAUCUCAGAGAAUGCAGACAGAGGAAGCAACUUGUGCCUUAACCAUGAGCGCUCAGAAUGAAGAAGGGCUUUCGGAAAAUGGCAAUGACGACGAUGUGGAGAGGCCGAAAACGAAAGUAACAAUCGUCGAGACAAUGACGGGAGAUGAUGGAAAUUUUGCCAAUAUCAGCAAUGUAACAUCGAAUGUUGUUGGAAAAGUUGGUAAUAUGUUUGGCAGGGGCAUCGGUGGCCUUUCUACGAAAUUUGGCGGAGCCACCAGCUGGUUCUAAUUAUUUUGUAGUCUCCUAACUCUAAGCUAUAUUUGCCUAGAAUGUUCCUUCAUUCACUCAUUCACUACUAUUACUACUACUACUAUUACUAAUAAUAAUUAUUAUUAAAAAAUAAAAUUUUCGCCAAAAAAGGGACACCAUAAAGAAUUCAAUUCAAAGAACAAAAUUUUUAUUGAAUCAGAAUAAUAUUAUUAUAUUGAUUCAAAGUGUGUCCUAAAAGAAAAUAUUUUUAUUUUUAUCAAGUUAUAUCGAAGAGCAAUUGCUAAUUAAAUAUACAUUUGAAAGUAUUUUCUGUCUUUAAAAAAGAAUUUUGAUUCUAACUAAAUUUUUUUUUUGACUUUCAAAGUCUAUAUCUUUACUAUCGGCCACAACGCUCUUAUCACGAUGCCAAUAACGAUAGAAAUACAAUAUAUAGUUGGAAAAACUAAGGUAGCAGAAAGCAAUAAGAUAGAUGACAAAAAAAAAUUGAGAUAGUAAUAAAAAAAAAAAUAAGAUAGUAACAAAAAAUAGAAGAAGGAAUCGAGAGAGUUAUGAAAGAAUGUGAUGUCAUUUUAAAUGAAAAACGACGUGUAACGUAGCAAAACACGUCUCACCUGAAAUUUUGUAUAUACGAUAUGCACCGUAAAAAAUGAAGGACCGAUAUAUGAGAGUAUAAGUAAGAAAAUAGAGAGAAAAAAAGUAUGUAUAUACACACAUACAUAUAUAUAUUAAAAGUGUAACGUGUAUUUAUCAUGUAUUGACAAUUACUGUCUGUACACACCUGGUACACCGUUAAUAUAUCUAAUUAGAGAAAUUGUCGCAAAAUUAAAAAUUUCCCAUUUAGCAUAUAUAUGCGCAUUAUAUAUGCUGGUAAUUCGAGUCCGCGACAGAAUCUAAUAUCCGUAAUUUAAACAAUGUAUAAGACGUCAAAGGUAAAAAAUGCCUCGUUAUUAUUUUAGCUACUUUCAGAUUUUAGUGCAAUAAUUUGUUUUUUUUUUUUCAAUUUUAUUUAAUAAUACUGGACUGUAAAAUAACAUUCAAUCGAUGGUCCAGUUAAAAGAUCUUUAAUCGAUACUAUCGAAAGGAAUAUUCUUCAAAUUAGACAAUUUUUCUUAUAUUUUUAUUGUAAAUAAUAAAUAAUAUACUAUUUUCAUUUUAACUAUAAAAAAUUUAUUAUUUCUAUUUAAUAUUUCUCUGCUUUAAAUGAUUUAUUUAUACAAAUAUUAUAAUUUUACAAUUAUUAUUAUUAUUAAUUUGUAAUUUUAUAAAAUUGAUAACAAAUUUUUUUUUAAAGAUUAAAGAUGUUUUAAAAAUUGUAAAGAAAAAAUGUUCUAAAAUGAAGAGUAUUUAACAUUUAGAGUAAUAGCGUCAACACGUGUCGAAUGAAGACUUUAAAAUGGAAAAUUGUCGGUGCCUUUGAAUAAAAUAACAAUUAACUUGAAGAGAAAUUAAAUUUUACUAAUUUUAGUUUACAUUUUAAAUAAUUUCAUUUAAAUUCACUAUAAAAUUUAAAUUAGAAAAUAAAGUUUCCAUUAAAUUAGAUUAUAUUAUAAUCUAAAAGUUACUGCAUAUUAAUUUACUGUAUGAUAAAAUUUACUGUAAAUUAAAGUUAAAAGUUUACAGUAAAAUUAAAAUUUAUUAUAAAUUAGAAUUUACUAAAAAAAAAAAAAAAAUUAGAAUUUAUUCUAUAAAAAAAUUUACACAAGUUAAAGUUUACUGUAAAUUAAUUACAUUAAAUCAAAAAUUUGUUAAAUUAAAAAAAAUUGUUAAUUUAUAACUGUAAAAUUAAAUUUAUCAUAAUAAAUUAGAAUUUACUUUUAAUCAAAAUUCACACUGUAUUUUUUCGAUUUUACGGUCUUGUACACACAUUCGGACGAGCUGAAUCGUUCUUAUUCGUGAUAUUUGAAAAAAAAACAACUAAAAGACAGAAGUGUUAUAUAGAUUUAUAUCGCGAAGAAUAAGAUUAUUUAUGAACGGUCAGAUACAUGUGUAUUUUCCAAAUUUAAAGUGAAUGUACGUUAGUUUGUGUUUGAUCUAGCCGAAAAGUAGAUAGGAUGUAUAUGUACUUUAAAACAAUUCAAAUGAAAGGAGUAAAUGAUAAUUUAAAAUUGUUAUCUCAAUUUUUUCUAUACCACAAUUUACUGAAAUAGUUAUAAUAAUACGCAAUUCUUCUUUAUCACCAUUAACAAAAUAUUAGAAUUAAUUUUAUAAAAUUAUUGAUGUAAUAGUUACAAAAUUAAUUUUAUUUAUAACAAAUGACGAUAUAUAUAGUUAAGUGAUUGACAACAAUGUGAUUUUAUAAAUAAAUAAAAAGUCUUUAAUAUGCUAAAAUUUAUAAAAACAAAUCUGAUCAAAUGCUUCUAAAAUAUUAAUUCAAAGACAUCGAAAUAGAUUUUUGAAAACGAAACUAUAUUUAAAUAUGAGAAUAUUGUUUACUCCUUUCAUUUGAUUGAAAAUUUGUCAUCUAAAGUAUAUAUUGUAUAUUCACUUUCAAUUGACAAAUAUCAACUUCUUUUGAAAAAAACAAAAAAAAAAAAACAAAAAAAAACAUUGUUGCCUGUGCUAUACAAAAGUGAAAAACAAUCUAAUCUAUUUCGUUCUGUUGAAACUAUACAAUAUCUAUUAGAAAAAAAAAGUUAAAAUUUACUCUCCACUUGUACAGAAUUUAGCAGAAACGAGGCGAGGGCGAGGAUAAAUUUUAUAUGAUAUAAAUUGCACGCUCGAUUUUGCUAAGACGUACUUUGUGGCAUUUCUUUUGCUCGCUCUUUCUUCUUUUAAUAAAGAAAAAAAAAAGAAAAAAAAUGCCUUUUGUAAUCAUGUUGUGCUACGGCGUCCGGAACGUUGAAGACACUGAAUUUUGCUACCUUUGACGAAUAUGUACAUAUAAUAUAUGCUUCUAUUUACGAAGUACGACGGACAUAUAUCGAAUUAGCUUAACAAAUUUUUUUAAUAGACAAAAAAAAUUAAGUAUUAAAGUAAUUAAAAAUAAUAUUUCUAGGAUAAUUUAUAAUAUUCUCAUUAUAAGAGAAUAUUGUUUGUUUUUAAUUGACUAAUUUUAUUAUUAUCAUCAUUCAUUCAAAGGAAGAUCAAAUUUUGUCGUAUUUCGUAAUUUGCACUUAUAAAAGAAAAAGUUCAACAACAAAAAUCCAGUGUCGUGCUUCUUUUCUUCAUUUUUUUUUUUUUUUUUUGCUGAAUACAUAUAAUUUUUGUUUUUUGCCUCAACGUUCAAGUAAGCGUAGCAGUGAUUAAAUGUGGAUCAAGACUCACAAUUAAUGAGUCUGUGAAAAAGGUUGUUAUAAAAGACACUCAAAAAGAGGUGGUUUCCUAUCCUCGAUAUAUUUUUGUCACCUCGAAAUAAUCAGAGAAUAAUUAAAAAAAAAAAAAAAAAUUGGUCAUUAGCGCCUAUAACGCCUAAGUACUGUAUAUUGAUGUGCGAAAUAAAACAAAAAAAGAAUUUCUUUUUAGCGCAAGGCGAAAUGAAAAUGUGAGUUAAGCGAGUGUGAGAAACUAUAUAAAUGAUAUGAAAAAAAAAAAACGAUAAAUGCGAAAGUUCAAGUACUAUUUAUAGGUAUUUAACUGCUAUAAAAAAAGGCAACAAAAAAAGCUAAAUUAUUGUACCGUACCUAUAACGAUGCUGGUAAAUUUAGAAAAAUGUUAUGAUUAUCGUUAUUACUAUAUUCUUACUAUGGGUAACAAAAACUCUCUUAUAAUCUACAAUUUAGAUUAGACUAAAUAGGGCGACUAAUGCAAUAAUACUAUUUUUCUGCUCCGAAUGUACAACAUUUUUCUGCACUAAAAACGAAUUAACAAUACCUAAAAACGAUUUAUUCUUCUUCUUAUUAUAUGAUUACGUUUAUUAAUGAUUUAAUAUUCGAUAUUUAAAAAAAAAAAAAAAAAAAAAAUGCCCGACUUUUUACUCUAGACAUUGUUCUAGCAGAAUUUUCUUCUCUUUCAAAUGUUGUUCUCUCGUUAAUAAAAAUCUGUCAAAAAAAAAAAUGACUCAAAAAUUCAGCAUAUUUUAUUUCCUAUUCUCAAUAUAGACAUAUAUAAAUAAAUUGAUGUGUAAAGCAUUAUGAAAUCACUCGAGAAUGUCUGUUAUUGUUGUCACAAGAGAGACUUGUUGUAUAAUAAUAACAAUUAUCUAUAUCAAGAAAGUAAUGCAUAAGCAUCACUCAUUUUUAGUAAAAAAAAAAAAAAAAAAAAAACAAAAAACAAUUAACAAACAAACAAUAUCCGCUAUAGAAAAUAUGCAGGUUUAUAGAAAAAAAACCAAGAUUUAAACGCGAAUGUCUGACAUGUCCUAAUUAACCAUUUUCAUGACAUUAGUUGAUUAUUGUGCAAAACUGAAAGUGAUAAUUUUGUGUUAAUAAAUUAUGUAAAAACGUCA